GAUGAUUAUAUAUUGUUUUAAACUUUAAACCUGUUAAUAGUAAUCUGGGAUCCCUAAGUAAUCUUACAGCAGUGAAAUGACAGUGUGGCUCUCAGACUCAAAAACCCACCCACUUACUCACCCACCCACCUUGUUUUUCCCAUUUGUCCACUAAAUCUCUCAAGGUCUCUGUUAGCUGUAAAAGCUUGUAAACCCUUUUGUUGGUUAAGACCAUUCAUGCAAGUUUGUGUUUGGUAAUCAAGAGGAGUAGAGUUUUAAGUUUGUGUUAGUUGUUGUUCUGUUUUGGAAUUUGUGUUUCUAUGGAGAAGUAUGAGGUUGUGAAAGAUAUUGGGUCUGGGAAUUUUGGUGUAGCAAGGCUGGUCAGAGACAAGAGUACAAACGAACUCUUAGCUGUUAAGUUCAUUGAGAGAGGCAUCAAGAUAGAUGAAAAUGUGCAAAGGGAGAUCAUGAACCACAGAUCCUUGAAGCAUCCCAAUAUUGUUCAAUUCAAAGAGAUAUUGCUGACACCAACUCAUCUAGCAAUUGUGAUGGAGUAUGCUGCUGGAGGAGAACUUUAUGACAGAAUAGUCAAGGCCACAAGGUUUAGUGAGAAUGAGUUAAAAGUUUACAGUUGUUUGCAUCAGGCAAGGUUUUUCUUCCAGCAAUUGAUAUCAGGAGUUAGUUACUGUCAUACAAUGCAAAUAUGUCACAGAGAUCUUAAGCUUGAAAAUACACUCUUAGAUGACAGCGCAGCACCUCGUGUGAAAAUAUGUGAUUUUGGAUACUCAAAGUCAUUACUGAGUUCUCUGCCAAAGUCUACUGUGGGAACACCUGCUUAUAUUGCACCUGAAGUUCUAUCUAAAAAACAAUAUAAUGGACAGGUUGCAGAUGUUUGGUCUUGUGGAGUCACAUUAUAUGUCAUGCUUGUCGGAGCAUAUCCCUUUGAAGAUCCUAAGGACCCUAUGAACUUUAGAAAAACAAUUCGGAGGAUCCUUACUGUACGCUACGCGAUCCCAGAUAGUGUGCGAGUUUCAGUGGAAUGUAGACACCUCUUGUCAAAGAUUUUUGUUGCAAACCCGGAAAAGAGAAUAACAAUUCCAGAUCUUAAGAUGCACCGUUGGUUUGCAAAGAACUUACCUCUGGAAAUGAAGGAAGGAGGAAGUUGGGAGAACAAUGCUGUAAACACUCCAUCCCAAAGCAUUGAAGAAGUUCAGUCCAUAAUAAAAGAGGCAAGAAAACCUUUAAAGGUCCCAACUGUCAGUAGGCAUUGCGUUGGAAGCAGCAUGGCUAUUGAUGAUGCUGAAGAAUGACCUGUUAAAGUGUACAUAUGAUACAAACCAUACUUUGCCCGGUGUGCAUGGCUCUUAAUGAAUCUACAAUUUUGUGUUGCUGUAAUUGUAAGGUCUUAUUGUAAAAGUACACAUGUUAUGAUGUUAAGACUCCUUUGCUGAAAAUAGCAGAAUUAUUUCUUUCUAUUUAAAUGUCAAAUUAUAUGCAAAUAAUGUCAAGUGAUUGGUUUGAU